CCUGACGUUGGUUGGUGUUAAAUAUGGCUUCUUCUUAUCAUGUUUUGGAGCUCAUUGGCGAAGGCUCAUUUGGAAAGGUUUAUAAGGGACGGAAAAAAUACACAGGAGAGAUAGUCGCAUUAAAGUUCAUUGCAAAGAAAGGUAGAUCAUCCAAAGACUUAACGAAUUUGCAACGGGAAAUUGAUAUUAUGCGAACUUUACACCAUCCAAACAUUAUAGCAUUGCUUGAUUCUUUUGAAACAGAAGAAGAGGUUUGUGUUGUCACAGAAUACGCUGAAGGAGAAUUGUUUCAAAUCUUGGAGGAUGAUGGCAGUCUUAUGGAAGAUCAAGUUCAAGAUGUUGCUGUUCAACUUGUCAAAGCUUUGUUUUAUCUUCAUUCUAAUCGCAUUUUACAUCGUGACAUGAAACCACAGAAUAUUUUAAUCGGUAAAGGAGGCAUUGUUAAACUUUGUGAUUUUGGGUUUGCCAGAGCAAUGAGUAUCAAUACAUUGGUAUUGACUUCAAUUAAAGGUACACCACUUUACAUGUCACCUGAGCUUGUUGAAGAAAGACCUUAUGAUCAUAAUGCUGAUUUGUGGUCUUUGGGUUGCAUUCUUUAUGAAUUAUUUUCUGGUACACCACCAUUUUAUACCAACAACAUCUUUCAAUUGGUCAAUCUCAUUUGUAAGGAUAGUGUCAAAUGGCCAAAAGAAAUGUCACCAAACUUUAUGAGUUUCAUUCAGGGUCUACUUACAAAAGACCCGAGAAAACGAUUGAGUUGGCCAAAUUUACUACAUCAUCCAUUUGUUGCUGCCAACAUCUGUGUUGAGGAAUUCAAAGGUUUACCAUUAAGUCCAGAGGAGUUUGGAAAGAUGCAGCAGUCUGAGGAGAAAAAGAAACUAGAAUUGCAAACAAAAACAAAAAAAUCAGGAGGAAAAAAACUGAGUUGGGUUGAAAGACUUCAAAAGCAAACUGAAGAAAAAAAUAAAUCGUACAAUGAUCAGAAGGAAAACAAGAAAACAGAGAAAAACUUGAGAGAGAAAAGUCGAAAAAAUAAAGUUGUUAAUCAUGAUAAUGAAAAGGGUAGAAUCAGUGAGGAUUAUGACAGAGAAAUGGAAAUAGUUGGCAGGGUAAAAGAACAUCAAAAACAAGAAGUAGUAACAUUUAAUGUUAUAGAACAAGACCUAGACAGUGAAGAUGAAUGGUUAAAACUGGUGGAAAUUACAAAUAAAGAACUUGCUUCUAGUGAAAAAAAUAGUUCGUUGUUAGAAAAACUUUUAGAAGACGACAAACUUCUCGUUAAGUUUAAAACUGAUUUUGACAAUGCUGCUAGUGAUGUCACGAAAGGCGUUUUGGAAGGUGCUUCAAGGUUUCGUCAAAUUCUUAAAGUUUUUCGAAAUAUAUUACUUUUACCAUGCUCUCCUGUGAGAAAAUUAGACUUAUGCAAUGCCAUUCAAGUUCCUGAAAAAUGUGUGUUUGCUUUAAAUGAUCUUCUAUCAACGAGGCAUUUACAGUUUCAAUGGUGUGUGGAGAUCUUGAUCGACUGCAUUUCAAUAUUUUGGACCUUUUUAGAAGAAUGUUUAAUGAAAAUAACCGAUGAAAGGUCGUAUGUCACUCUUGAGGACAUUUCAACCGUGUAUUUGACAGUUUUCUCCCAUUUAGCGACCACGGACAGUGAUCAACGACUGAGCAACUCUUUACUAAAUUGUUUUUCUGUUCUGUGUGAAGUCAUGGACACUAAAACAAGAUCUUUGUCGUCUGAUUUCUACGGUAACAUCGUUACUACAAAUAUUAAAGUUCUCGACAAUCUUAUAGAAUCCUUGAUUGUAAAAGACCAUGGAAGGAUAGUUAUGGAUAAUGGAGUAGCUAUCACUGCCUUAAUUUCUCUUAUUUCUCAACAUUCGUCAAAGAAAGAAAGCCAUAAAGAAACUUUAACUCGACUUUUAGCGCAAAAACUUCUCUCUGAGAAAUUUCACGAUCAUCUGAAUAGUUUAUCUUUAGUGCAGUACACGAAAGAUGUGAAGAUCCUCAACUUGUUGUGCAUGUUAUGCAACACAUCAAAAGAGAUAUGCGUGAUAGUUAUGGAUAAAGAGGAAUACACGACUGCUCUGGUAGUGCAGUUUAAAGAACUUGUUUCUCAGUCAAAGAAUAUCAAUGAUCAUGAAGAAUGGAUGUUAAAUUUUCUUGUGUUAUGGUGCUUAUUGGACUAUCAUGGACAAGAUAUUAAUCAAAUGUUAUCUAAUACUGCUGAUAUUUUGUUGGACCUUUUUCUCAUCUCUGACAACGUCAACUUUAAAGUGACGUCAUCGUAUCUCCUUAAAAAAACAAUGAUGUUACCAGAAUUCAUUGGGGUCUUCAACCAAUCAAAAGACGCAAUUCUUGCCGCUUGUUUAACGACAAUAACUAGUAUGGCGAAGAUGGAGAAUUUUUCAUAUAUUGAAAUCGGUUUAUGUGAUGGAAUCGUUUGCAUUCUAAACAACUUAAUGUCUCAGGAGUCGCAUUUUCUAAAUGGUAAUGAUGUUAUCUCAUAUGGAGUUUGGGAUGCAAUAUGGUUUCGUCUAAGUACGACAUUGCAGGUGACGCCAUCGAUGGGAACCAUUAGUGAUGAUGACGAUGAUGGAUACGAAAAGAAUCACGUGAUCUCUUAUGAGUGGAUCGUCCUUUCUCCAGAAGGUGUUACGAUUUUACUACAUCUUACUGGCAGAAUGAUGACUAAGUUGAAUCCUUCCAAUAAAACGCUUCAUGUUCUGGUCUUGUGGAUGUCAACAGAAUUUAUACUUCUCAUGAGCAAAAGAUCAAAUCUAAACUCGCUCGCCAUGAAAGAAGAGAAUGUUAUUAAACCGUUUAUAGAUAAGAUUCUUCAGAUAUUUUGUAUUCCGUUUACAAUGGAAUUGGAUGAUUCGAUUCUUCAAGAUAUAAACAGUGUGUAUUAUGAGUUGAAUGUUAUGGAUUAUGUUGUUGAUGUUAUGGCAAACGUUUUGUAUCCAGAUUAUUCGCAAAUUGCGUUAGGAUUAGUGCUACGACUUGUCUUGAGCGAUGUAAUGUUUAUCGGCCAGUUUUCAAAGAUAGUUCAAUGUCAUAAGAAGCAAUGGUUACUGCGGUCGUUACUCUCUUCAGAUCAACCUGACGUGGUUGUCAUGGAUAUGCUAUCAAUUUUGAGUCAUGUAGCAAGGUCCUCUGUUGACCACGUGCAAUUUGUAACAUCUGUACUUGAGGGCGAGCGAGGGGAAUAUGAUGUGCUCGUACAGUUAUUACGUCAUAAGAAAGUCAUGCUUCGUUCAAAAACAUGUGGCAUGAUGGGAAAUUUAUUGAAGAAAACCGUUACAUUCAUCUCCGCUUUGAAAAGAAAACCCAUCGUAACAGAACUAAUAAAAUAUUUACAACAUGAAGACGAUGAUUUACGUAAGACAUCCAGCUACGUCAUUGCUAACGCUUUGAUUCACAGUGAUUCAUUGUAUACCGUGCUAUCACCUAGUAUCCCAUGUCUUGUACGACUUCUUUCAGAUCCACUCAUUCAAACAAGAUUAAAUGCUGCAGGAGCUCUGGGAAACUUAAUACGUCACUCCCCAAUACUUUGCCAUGAACUCCUUGAGUACCAUGCUCCUGAACGUUUGCUCGAGGUGGCUUGUAAUGAUAAUUCUAUUGAUGUGAGGGAAGUUGUGCUUGUCUCUCUAAGACUGUUAUGUCGAAAUUCUUCAUGUCGUGAAAGGCUAAUGGUGUUAAAUAUUCAGCAAAUAGUUCAAGGUGUACUGGAUCAUUUGCAGCAGUCAUCAAACAGUCUUCAUAGCAGCUACAUACCAUCUACUCCAAGUUUAAUUGCAAAUGACGAAAGCAAUGCAUCUGCGCAUUGCUUAAAGAUAUUAAGGAAAUUAAAGACUAAUAUGGGAUAAUAGGUAUUUGUUCCAGGUGGAUUCAGCAUCAUAUUACAUACAUCAUGAGAAAAAACUGCUGUAGUCAUUAUCAAGUAAUCAUCAUAUAUGAUAAGGUAGCAAAAUCUCUAUGUACAGAAGUUAUUAAUUUGAAAGGAACUUUCACUUUGACAUAUUAUCUCCACUGUGUAAUUAUUUGUAUUGUUUGUGUAAAAAAGGUUGUAAAAUAAUAAUUUAAAAUACAAAGUUAUAUAACUGAAAACAGAAGAUUUUAAACCUCCAA